AUGUAUCCACCCUCCCGCCUUCUAGAGCCUAGAUUCUAUGCUGAACAGCUUAGACUUACGGUAAACCGACAUAACAAGGAUAAAAGACACCAUAAAGAAAUUCACUCUAAUCGCCUUGGCAUUAGCUACGUCGUUCAAUUUAAACGAUUUCGCUCACAAGAUUUAGAUUUACCUAGCGUUAACAACAAAACGAAGGCACGAUGGAAUAGACUUACUACGUCUACACUUAAACAAAAUCACUUCAAUCGCACUAUCACACCUCACUUACUUCCAAACUCACCUGGACAAAGGGUUUUUAAAACCAUUCAACAUCUUCCGUACCAUUAUAAAGGAUACACUCCUACAAAAUAUUCUGACAUAUAUAAAAAUUCAUCUAAUGGUUUUAUGUACUUUAACCGACAACGUGAACGCCAAAGGAUUAAGAAUUGGAUCCGUCGUACUAAAAAACGCAACCGUCUCAAGAAACAAUUACCUCCACUACCUGCCGGUUUCGUUGGGGACCAGCGUAUAUAUUACCACGAUACGUAUAACAUCAACCUGUUUGAUUAUAAUAUUCGACGACGCUAUAACGUCAGUUCGAUCCCUCAAUACAAUUACGGUUAUUCCAAAGCGGUUGAGCUAUACCGUCAACAUCAUGAUAAAUACGUCACGAUGAAUUUUAUACAACCACCUCCUAACGUUUCCUACCAUAUUAAAAAGAAUGAUCAUUAUAUUUUUAAUGAUCCAAACAUUUUUUUCCGGCACACACCUCCUCCGGAUAAGGACUCGCACACUACCAUGAGCGACAUUUCUUACGUUUCGGCUAGUGAAGGACCUUCCGUUGUGGAAUUUCCGCCUACGCCGUCACAUGAUUAA